AACAGGCUGUCAGGGUUGUGGCCGUUGGAUGUGGAUGUGACGGGCGGCGGCGAUGCGUCUCCCUGGUCUUUUUCUUUCACAGUGUAGUGCCCGGGAGCGCCAAUGGAGGCGCCAUUGACAGGCCGCGUGUCGCUGCGCGGCGCCAGCGCCAAGGAGGAUUCCAGGGAUGUGUUGCUGGAGAAAAUCGCCAGGGAUCGAGCUUCUCGAGUCCUCCAGAGGAGAACGCUGGCAGCAACACUGACGGUUCAGAGGAUCUGGAGGAGCCGCCGGGCGGCGAGAAUUGCCGUGAAUGCCAUCCAGCUGCUGUGGGACGAGCGGGUUGAGGAAAUUCAUCGAUCGGGCAUUGUCAGUGCCGAAGCGUUUGCAGAUGAUAUUCUCAGGCCAUUUAUCUUCUUUACGAGGAACUUAAGCUGGCUUACACGAAGUUUCUUCGUCAAGGAUCUCCAGCGCGUCUCAAUUUGUUUCCAAGCUCUUCUUCAAAGCGUAAACUUUCCAGAUGCCAGGAAUUUUUGCAAACUUGCUUGCGGCACACCGAGUCGAAAAACUCAGUGGUUCUAUCAAGUUCAUCGACUCUUAACAAUCUGCUCGGCUAUUCUCAUAGGAAGGCGACGUAGCGAUGCGGUUUCCACUUCCUUACUGGCACUGGCCAUGCGACUAUUGGUAACACUGACCGAUUCGAAGUUGUGGAACGGGUUUGAGGACAGACAGCGAGAAACAGGUGCCGUAACUUCAGAGAUAGUGCAGUGGUUUGGAGCAGGAAACAGCGGGUUUUACUACGCAGCUCAUGCGUAUCUAAUGGAAGGCAAUACGGCAGAUCUUGAAACCAAGGAAAGCUUCUUAGUGACUGCCAGUUUGAUCACCAUGGCAUUUCGUCCGUUCCACGCUAUUGCUGCCGAGCUUUCGUGUCAAAGGUACGCUCGAGAUUUGGAAGACUGGAAAGGCAAAGCAGCAGCACAAAUAUGUAGACACGUUUUAACAGUUCCAUGCCUCAUAGAACGUCUUCCUGCAGGUCUCGUUCCUGCCUUUCAACAUGAAAAUGUUUUGGCUGUUUGCCUUCGCGCGUACAAGACUUUUGGCAUUACCGUUUUGUCAGAAAAGGACAGCAAUGUUCCACAUCAAGCAUGGAGUCUCACCAACGUCGUAAGCAUUGUUUCAGUUGGAUCUCUGAGCGAACCAAUGUACAGUCAUUUCGUGGAAGCAGUUUGUUGCCUCCUGCACAGUAUGAUACCUUGGAUUGAGGAAGUUCGAGAGAGGAAAAGAAGUUAUGAAGACUCCGGCGAUGAGGAUACUGAAGAUUAUACCGAGCUGCAUUCUCGGUGUGGUGGCGCUGCUUUGGACUCCUUCAUUCGUCUCCUAAGACCACUGUUUGAUCAACGACAAGUGUUACAGCUUUUCGAGAAGGCUACAUCAUCAUCCGUUGGGCUCCCAAACAUUGCAAGGCUCUACUCUUACUUGCUCACAACAUUCUCAGUUUUGAACUUUGGAGGAGGUGCGCUACCCGUGCUAAACGUGCUAGCAUUUACCAAGGAACUUCUUCCGCAGCUUUGGAACUGGUUCAUGAGCAGCAUACAACUAAAAAUUGUGAAGAUGCCAGAGAGCAGGGGAGCCUUACCAGCAAAAGAACAGAGUUCACGUCAACUUUCAAGCAAGCUGGCUAAUACUUUCCUGAAGAGAACAAAGUCUGCCUCCAGCGAGUCCAUUUCUGAAGUGCAUGACGAUGGUCAGUGGCAUAUUGAACAGUUGAAGGGUGGCCCGGCUGCUCUUUCAGAGGAUGCAGCUUCAGUUCUAACGCUUUUCUGCACGCUGUAUGCGCAUUUGCUACUCGUUCUUGACGACAACGAGUUUUACGACAAGCAGGUUCCCUUUUCCAUCGACGAGCAAAGGCUGAUAAGUGCUGCUCUAAACACUAUGCUCUAUCAUGGCUUCUUUUUGGCUGGAAGGACUCAAUAUGCGACGCUGAUGGAAGCUUCGACUAGGUGUUUACGAGCAUUGUAUGAAAGGGAUAGCCGGCGCAGCUUCUGCCCAGCUGCAUUAUGGCUUGCGCCUGCCACGGAAAUGCGACCUGCUAUUGCUGCAGCUGCAAGAGCACACGAAGCCGCGUCGGUCUCGAAAGCGGGAGAAGCGUCAGCAAUUGGCUCCAUAUUGACGACCAUGCCUCACGUGUUACCAUUUGAGGAGAGAGUGCAAAUCUUUCGGGAGUUUAUCAACAGCGAUAAAACUUUGAGGAAAAUAGAAGGGGAAAUAGUAGGACCGGGUCCCGGUUCGACAGAGAUUUCGAUUCGAAGAGAUCGUAUUGUCGAAGAUGGCUUUCAACAGCUUGGUGCCUUGGGCGCAAGAUUUAAAGGCUGCAUCAACGUUUCCUUUGUGAACGAGCAUGGUCUUACGGAAGCAGGGCUCGACUAUGGCGGGCUUUUUAAAGAGUUCCUUACGGACUUGGCGAAAGCUGCAUUUGAUCCUGGUUACGGCUUGUUUCAACAAACUGCCACGGAAGAACGGUUUUUGUUUCCUCAUCCAGCUGCGAGCAGCCUUGGUCAGGGAUUACGAACGAUUGAGUUUUUGGGUCGCAUCGUUGGGAAGGCCUUGUACGAGGGUAUUCUGCUGGAACAUUUAUUUUCUCCAGUAUUCGUAUCCAAGAUCCUGGGUCGUUACUGUCCUAUUGACGAUCUCUCUAGUCUCGAUGGAGAACUUCAUCGGAAUCUGAUGUACCUCAAGAAUUAUGAAGGUGACGUUUCAGAUAUGGCUCUGGACUUCACUGUAACGGAAGAAUAUUUUGGAAAGCGAAAGGUUAUUGAUCUGGUGCAGGGAGGAGACAAAAUCCCUGUGACUGACGCUAACAAGCUGCAGUAUGUCCAUGCUAUGGCCGAUUACAAGCUAAAUCGUCAGGUGCGACCAGUAGUUAAUGCGUUUGUGAGAGGCCUUACGGAUUUAGUCUCUCCUUCGUGGCUGGGUUUGUUUAAUGCCAAGGAAUUUAACCAGCUUCUUUCAGGUGAAGAGCACGACUUCGACGUGAACGACUUGAAGGCCAACACCCGGUACACUGGAGGUUACAGUGUAACCAGCCGCACGGUCAAGCUGUUUUGGGAGGUGCUUGAGCAACUCGAUGUCAAAGAAAGAUGCGCUGUGCUCAAAUUUGUAACGAGCUGCUCUCGUGCACCUUUGCUGGGAUUUAAACACUUGCAGCCUCCGUUUACAAUCCACAAGGUGACAAGUGAUGCUCCAGUGUGGACGUUUCUAGCUGGCCAAGAUGUCGAUCGACUCCCAAGCGCGUCUACCUGCUAUAACAUAUUGAAGCUACCUGCAUACAGGCGCAUUGGAACUCUCAGAGAAAAGCUUCAGUACGCAAUCCGCUCCAAUUCUGGUUUUGAGCUUUCCUAACUCCAAUUUAAUAUUAAUCCAAGCCAAAAAAUUAAUGAAAUGCCACGUCAUCUCAAAAGGUUA